CUGCUUGGACAGCAGAUUCUUUUGGUUCUCCUGAGUCCCAGCUUCGAGUCAUCACGAGGGCCAGUUGUGCUCCUCUGAAUGUGAGAGCGAUCUAGAGACCACUUGGGGAGGAAAGCAAAGAGAGAAGAGUGAGCACUGAGCCUCUUUCCCACUCUCGGUCGUGCAGCAGCACCUGGGCCAUCACCUCCACCUCCUUGGAGUGGGGUGGAGGGCAUUCUUACCGACUCCCUAGGGGCUCUGGGGGUGGGGAAGAGGGCAGGGAUUGAGGCUGGCCCCUAGCAUCCGCAAGAGGAUGGGCUGUGCUGAGAAAUAAUCCCCGAGAGAGCCUGGGUGGUGCAGCCCCAGUUGCCUGCAGAGCCCAGCAGCCAGGAGAAGCUGGCUUUGGAUUCUCUUUGAAGAGUUCUCUGGAAGUUGGAGGGGGCGGGGCAAGCGGCACUCUCCUGUCCUACUGGAGUCUUGCGCGCUGAGUGUGAGCAAGAACUCGACCGGCAAUCGCAGUCCCAGGGCUGUCCGGCUCCGGAGCUGAGGUGGACACAGGGUGCCGGCCACGGGGUCGGUAGGGCGCAGGCGCCGGGCUGGCAGAGCGCAAGGGCAGAAUGGAGGGGCUGGUCUUGCUCAAGGCCCUGGUCACCCGGCUGCUGUUCCUGUUGCAUUCCCUGGUCGCCGUCUGGAGAGUGACCUGGGUGAAGGAAGAGCACCGUUACUGGCUGCUGGCCCUGCUCAACCUCUUGCUGGUCCUGGAGACGGUGCUCACCCUCAAGUUCAAGCGCGGCCGAGGCUACAAAUGGCUUUCUCCAGCCAUCUUUGUGUACCUGGUCAACAUCAUGCCGUCCCUGUGGCUCCUUGAAAUGCACCAUGGAAACCAGUAUUGCAGCACCCAGUCUGAGAGAACGGCACAGAACUUCAGCGGAAGAGAUGUCAAUCAAACCCUGUCAUCCCAAGGAGCCACCAAUGGAAUGGGGAAUAUCCUUGAACUGGCCAGGGGCUUUGUUGACAACUUAACCAUGGUAUGUGAACCAGUCUGGACCUUAGGACUUCAUCAAACUCUCUUGCUAAUAUUAAUCAUCGGACGGUGGCUUCUCCCCAUUGGAGGGACCAUCACUAGAGACCAACUUUCUGAACUUCUUCUGAUGUUUGUGGGGACAGCGGCGGACAUACUGGAGUUCACUACUGAGACUCUGAAGGAGAAUCAUGUCAGAAAUAACCCUACUCUGGUCUCUGGCAUUCUUGUGGUGUGGACUUGGAGUAUGUUGCAGUUUCCCCUUGACCUGGCAGUCCAGUUGAAACUGGUAUGCCCGACCUCAGUGAAAGCCAGGGGCUUCCGUAGGGUUUUCCUGUGCCAGUACAGUGCGGAUCUAUGGGCCAUUGGCCUCAGCUUCUUCAUCCAAGAUGGUCCCUUCCUUGUUGUGCGCCUCGUCCUGAUGAUCUACUUCAAAGUGAUCAACCACAUGUUGGUGUUCUUUGCUGUGAAGAAUUCCCUAGUGAUGGCUCUUCACUUCUACCGACUUGUGGCUUUGAUUAUGGCCACACGUGAUUUCAUACAAGAUCACCCAGAAAGUCCCAAACUGGAGCACAGUGGCCCAGACCAGACCUCUGAGGGCGGACCCAGUGAGUGGGAGGACGCCUCCCCGGAGGCCCUGCCUUUGCGAACCUCACCUGUCACCUCUGAAGAGUCCUACCCGACCACACCUUAGUUAUUGUUUCCAACGUGCAGUAGCGAAGCUUGAUUCGUUCUCUUCUUACACCCCCCCCCAUGUUUGCAUACACCAUUUUUUUAAGGAAACAAUACUAAAAGAUGGUCUUGUAUCAAAGCCCAAGUACUGCUCUAUGUUAUCAUCUGAGUGGAAGGAACUUGGACGACGAGUGGCUGUCGCUACAACCUCCUGCUCUAGGAGGGGGACAUUACACUGCUCUGAGAACCAUUCUAAGUGUUGAAUGCUUGAAAAGCUGUAGGCAGAAUGUCAUAGCACACCCUCCAAAGAUUUAAGGCUGACAUUUACCACCCGCUUCCCUAUCUCUAACUCUCCCAGUUGCCUAGUUGCACAGUUUUUUUGACUGGCUGGACUGCAUCACUCUCUCAUCUUAGGUUUUCUGCAAUGUCCCUCUGACAUUAAAAACAAAACCGUAUAUUCAGUAAACGCCGAGCAAAGGAGAGAAAGAUGUUUUUAAAAUCAACUUGCCGUGGGCUGCAAGUUGGGAACUAGCACUGCCCUUGCUUCCUCGGUACAGAAAAAUAGCUGUGGUAACUGCACAGGCCUUUAUGGGAGUCCUGUUUUCCUGGGCCAAGGUGAGAGUCUGUCAUGGUCCAUGUGUUCUUAGAGCCUCGUGAUGGCUUUGGACUUGGGUAGCACAAAGUUGACAGCAAGCCACUUGGGUUCAACCAACUUCAUAGCUAGGGGAUAUCAGGGAGACACCUGCAAGUCACACUUCCUCCCUACUACAAUUUACAGGACCAUCGGUAUUUGAAUACCUAGUUACCAUAUUCUGUGUUGUCAAGGUGCAUCAUGUGAUCAGGUUUCAAAGAGCACUAGCACACAGUGAUGAAGGUGUCUGAGGCCCCUUAACAUUAUCAUGGUUUCUGUUGGCUGCCAGCAGCCACUCCUGGAGCAGCAACAGUAACAGAGAUAGACACGGGACCUGGGAAAUGAUGUCAGUGUCCCCAGUUUGGUUUCGGGAGCAAGCUGGAGGAACGUGGUGCCAGUCUCAUGCCUCUUAUGAAUCAUGGUGGCUUCAUUUCCCCACAAGUGAAAUCGUCUUUCUCUUCCACAGCUCUGUACAUUCUGGGUAGAAAUGACUCCAACCCUUUGAAAGUGGCUCUUACUUUUAAAGCCAUGGUAAAAACUCGACUUGGCAAUUUAUGAAACAGCUCUAAAACUGUAGUGUUGCAGUUUAGGGUAUCAGUGAAGCCGUACUAGAAUCCCCAGGAACCCAAAGAUGUGUAUUCUGGAUACACAAUUUACAGGCGGCAACCAUUAGACAAUCUGUUGGAACAUUUUUUUUUUAAUCUAUGAAUUUCUGGUAUGAUAUGAUAUUUAUCCACUGUGUUUUGAUAACAAGUUUUAUAAGCAAAUUCUAUUUUAUACAAAACCACAACUGUUUCCCCCGUAAUUUCUACUUCUUUUAUCCCCUGUACUUUUUGUUUUUAACAAUGUCAUGGUUGUAAACUGUUCAGGAAACGAAUGGGAUACAUUGGUAAUUUCUCAUAAUAAGUGUAUGCAAGUUAAGGUCAAGAUUGGAUUUGUGCAAGGUGAAGAAGGUGACAACUUUUAAAGGUAUGUUAUUCAGAGUUUUUAGCAAUGACACUUGGGGACAUGUCCCAUGGUUAAGAGCAUGUACUGCGCUCGCUUGCAGAAGAUUGGAAUUUACCCUAAAAUCUACUCCACAGGUCUUACAAUCACUUGUAGUUCCAGCUUUUGGUGGGGGGGGGGAAGGUCUUCUAGCCUCUGUGAUAACUGACUGGACUCAUACACACAUACACACACACACACAGAUUUAUUAAAAAUAAUAAAAAUGUCUUAUAAUAAAAAAAGUCAGCAAUGGGAAGCAAAAAAGAAAAAAACAAUACUAUUUCUCAAACUGCCCUAGCCUCCACUAACUGUGCUGGAUGCUUUGUGUUGAAUACAUGACAUAUAUAUGCCCCAAUGACAUCUAUGUGCCCCUAUGACAUAUAUGUGCCCCUAUAACAUACAUGUGCCCCUGUGACAUGUGUGUGCCCCUAUGACAUAUAUGUGGCCCUAUGACAUAUAUAUGCUCCUAUGACAUAUAUGUGGCCCUAUGACAUAUAUGCGCUCCUAUGACAUACAUAUGCCCCUAUGGCAUAUGUACCACUGACAUACAUGUGCCCCUGACAUAUGUGUGCCUCUAUGACGUAUAUGUGCCCCUGUGACAUAUGUACCCCUGACAUAUGUGUGCUCCUAUGACAUAUAUGUACCCCUAUGACAUAUAUGAGCCACUCCUUACUGCCUGACUGCUCACAACAUAUUUUUUGUGUGAUUUUUGCCCCCCAGGAAAGCAAACACUGAGCUUCCAAAAAUAAACCCUCAAGUAGUAUGACUGUUGCAAGGAUAAUUUUAAGUGCUUUCAAAUCCGAGGCUUGGCUUGGUUUCAUGAAAGGCUUUCUUGUGUUUCAAUAAAGUAUUUGGUAAUUAGCCCUCCUCCUCAGGCCUGUCCAAAAUCUGGCUUAACUUGGAAUGCCAGGAAGUCAGAGAGCACCCAGGACCAGCUUGGUAAUUAAUGGAUGGUCAAAAAUAGACACACAGUCUUCAAGGCUUUUCCAGGAAAAUCUGCUAAAGACAGCAUUUAACUCAACUGCCAGUGUUUCUAUUUCCUUAACGCUGGCUGCUUUGAUCAUAGGAAAAAUGUCUGUUUGCUUAGUCUACGUUUUAUCUCUGAUGAAAAGCUAAAAAUAUACUCAGUUGUAUGUUUAUAAUUAUUACUAUUAUUUUAACCUUUAAAAUUGUAUGUUUUUACUGUAGGCUCAUGCACAUUGUAAUGUUUUUAGAUGUCCAAGUGUUUGUCAUAAAUGGAACAGAAUAUCAGUCAUCUCCUUCAUGUCGGAGUCUUGAGACUUGUUUACAUUUUAUUUGUAGUGAGAUAGCUUAAUCCUGUAGGACACAGGCUCUGCCCCUAGCCACAGUACAUGCCAAGCCCCAUCCCCACUCCCGGAGGAGGAGGGGGGCUUCAUUUACAAUGGCUGGAGCUGUUGCUGAUUGAUUAAAGCGAUAUAUCCUUCCCCGCAAGCAUAUUCUUCCACUAAUGAGAAAAUCCGUUGUCCAUGUUUACACGAUGCUGUGCGGACACAACCUCAGGACCCUCUUAGGCUUUGUCCAUACUGAGGGAGUCUUAAAGGCCGUGAUACUGUGCUUAAGUUGAGCCUACCGCUCCGAAGUCUUCGGUUCUUUUCCACCAAGUUUGGUUGCUGUUGUGAAUGAAUGACGGUGUUAGAAUUCGGAGGCCUCAACGUGUCAAUCGCCUUGGGAGCUUCCAGGGUGAAGUGUAAGACAUUUCUGCCGCUGGCUCUGGUGUCCCACAAGACCUUGAAGCCAGGUGUUGAUGGGAUCCACUGCUACCACCCUGGCUCAGGGUUCAAACAGGAGCUUUUCAAACUGUGGGGAAGAAUACCACGGAGAUGCGAAUCUGUUAGGAUUGCCGUGGUUCCAACGUUCAGCGUGGAUGAGAAACCAUCGCAGUCCUUUCCCACAAGAAACUGUUAAGCAGAUUCUCCAGUUAAAAGGGAGGAAUGCUGGGACUCAGCCUGUGGACCUCCAGUCCACAACUUGUUUAAAGAGAAGGCAAGGCUCACAGAGCCAACACCCUUGAACUACAAGAUGAAAAGACACCGUUGGUUCUUUCCCUGUUUUCUCAUUCUCGACUUUACCUUUUAAUCUUAGAGGAACUUUUAACCCAUCCUCGGACAGAUCUGAACUUAGAACCGCUAAACAAUGACUGAAGAAUGAGCCACCAAGCACUCAUACUUUAUCAGUUUUUAUCUUUAGGUCUUUCUUACUGAAAUAACUUGUGAGCGUGUUUUCUGUGAAUAUUUCUAGAUUUUGAUGGGACUGGCCCUUUCGUUUUAUUACCGACAUUAAAUAUUUGUGUACAGCUUUC